AUGUCCAGCAGCCUGACACAGAGCGCAGCGGCGCCCGUGAGUCUCCGCGAGCAAGAGGCCAACGAGGAGCUCAGUGCUUGGCAGAAGCGCGAGACGCGCUAUUACCUGCUGAAGGACGUGAACUCGGCCAUCGACUACGCAGCGCACGAGCUGGAGCGCAUCGACUUCAUCUGGGGCCGCAUCCGCUCGGACCGCGGCGCGGCGUCGCCCGCCAUCAAGGCCGACAUCCGCGUCGAGGGCCACCUCGUGGUCUUCACCAAGGUGGAGCUCAAGCUGACCAAGGCGCAGCGCAAUGCGCCGAUCAUCAGCACACUGCAGCAGUACUGCGUGCUGAACCAGAUCCUCGAGUUCCACGGCAUCGUGCAGAGCCAAGUGGGGAGACUGGCGGCCCUCAGGGAGUUCAUGCACGUGCAGCGCCACGACCUGCUCAGCGACGAGCCCAGCAACGACGACGUCGAAGUCUACGUGGAGAUCGUGCAGCGCACGUUCCAGAGUCUGGGCCGCAUCUGCCAGGAGCUACGCAACGCCGCCAACGUGCUGCGACUGCCCAGCCGCCGUCGGUUCCCGUACUGCUCGCACGUCGACCACAGUUUCAAGCCGGCGCUGCCGUCGGAAGUCAUCGUGGACUUUUCCCUUCAUCGCGGAGAGCUGUUGGUGGAGGCCUUCAGUUUAAUGGCCACGCAGAAGCCCAUCACGAACAUCCCCGAGGGCUGCGCGUCGCGGAAAGAGUUCAUCGGCUGCGUUUGCGCCUUCCGUGGCCAAAAGGUUGAGAUCGUGGAGUACGCACGCGUCUCCGUGCCGAUCCCGCAGCUCGAGGAGAUGCUGGUCCACCUAGACGAGCAGAUUGCGUGGCUGGUACAUGUUCGAGAUAACGUCAAGGCGCUGCUCGACUGCCAAGACAUGUACUACGAUUACUACUAA